UAUAAGACAGUACAUGGUCUCUGUCGUCAGUGUCGCUGUGGGCUCACUGUUACAGAAACUGAACUAUUUCUCAUUCAGCAUGCAGGAUCACAAUCACAAACGGGCUCUUCUCGCCUGGUGCCUGGUGUUUUUGGUGCUUGUCCAGCAGGUGACCUGCAAUCCUGUGCCAAAGUCAGACACACCUUCAACUUCUGUGCAGAAAGUUCAAAGGUCGCUAAAGAGAACGGCUCGAAUGACCCCAUUAUGGAGGAUCAUGGGCACUAAACCUCAUGGCGCCUACUGCCAGAACGACUAUGAGUGCUCCACAGGAAUAUGCAGGAAAGGCCACUGUUCCUACAGCCAACCGAUUAAUUCCUAAAAUGAAGACUCCUUCCUUCUCUGAUCAUCGUGCAUGACGAAAGCUUGAUUCAGUGAGCAGCAGGAGGCAACCGAAUGUGCAAUGCAGUUAAUCAUCAGUUAGACAUAUAGUAAGCCACAAAUGAGGCAAUAGGUGAAGUUCUG